ACGGUAAAAGGCCUCAACAACCACGAGGAUUUUAGAAAAAGCCAUAUCAGGGGUGGGGAAGACAGUAUGGGACUGGAUUUGAUGGUAGAUCGGCGGAUAUUGGUCCUAGCAAAAUAUUUUCCAAGGAAACAAAGAUAUCAGGAGAGAAUGAGAUCUCAAAACGAACCUGAUCAUAAUUCGCCGGAGGUUCCCAGCGAGUCAUACCAAAGCUUUGGGAAGAAACCAGAACGCAACGCACAGGAAGGCCCAAGCAAGGCUUCACCACGGCUUGAGAAGGGAUCAAAGGACGACUUACAGGAAAAACCGAGUCCCCAAGACAGCACAGAAACCCCGGCUAUUAAGAAAAAAGUUGAAAGGGAGAACGAUAGGACGAGAAGAACAAAGAGCACCAAUUUUUGAGAACAGUCUCAGAGAAUCACGAGACCUUGGGUACAUAAGGGCAUCGCCUUGGAUCUCUCAGGCCCUCGUAACUGGCAAUGUUGCCAGAAGAUUUCCGGCCUCGUGUCAUACAGCGCGAUGGGGAUUAGAACAUUGGAAGCAACCUACAGGAUCAGGAUGGUCUGCCGUGACCGAUGAUG